AUGUGGCGAGGCAAUAACAGAAGCAGAGAAAGACUCCGUUCCGAGAGUGACUGCUCUGUGUAUGACGAGGAGUACAGGAUUAUGAUCCUUGGUGCUGAGAGUGUGGGCAAAACUGCCAUCUGCCAAGUAUUUGUAGGCGGGAAAGAGGAUGACGAUGGCUAUGACAGACUUGUGAUACAAAAAACAGCAAAAUUUCGGAGGGCAGAAUUCUGUGCUUGGGACGCAGUCGACGGACAGACUUGCUGUAUGCGACUGACAGAAAUCCGAAUGCCUCUUACUGGAGGAUCACAGAACGGAACUGACGAUCCAGUCUUCAAAACAUUGACACAGAGAGCAGACGGUUUCUUGCUGAUUUAUUCCGUGACCAAUAUUGAAAGUUUCUGGUCCGCCAUGGAAUACUACCACCUUGUCAUUCAAAUAAGAAACCACUCUGAUACGCCCCUGGUGUUCAUUGCCAAUAAGACAGACUGUGUAAACGGGCAGGUAGUUACGUCAUCGAAAGGUCGAGAAGCAGCCUUCGACAUCUGUGCCUCCUACUACGAAACAUCAGUCCGUUCAGAUCCUGACAGCAUUAAGUUUGUAUUCCACGAUGUGAUUCGACAAGUGCGUUCAGUGCGCAUGCAUGCCCGCUCCCAGGAACAGCCCUGCACAAAGAUGCGUGGGCUGAUACAUCGGCUAAGCUGGAAGUCAAAGAAAAAACAGUCCAAAUCUAGGUUACGUCAAAAGUUAAACUCUCCAGAGGAAAUAAAGAAAGAAUUAUAA